AGCUAGAGUUAAAUGAGAUCAAACGUAAAAGCGCUGACAGAUAUCUUCGUAUAUUUUGAUUUUAGUUUGCGGUCUGCGUGGAGGCGGAUCCAUCCCCAGCAGAACUUGCGGUAAGCGCAGCAGGAGGAGGGCUUCAGUUUUUCCCCUCGGAACAGAACAGGCUGAAGUGCUGCAUCACGGCCAUCACUCUGAACCUCUUGGAUUUCUUUCGUCCUUCUUGACUGGGAGAGCUAAAUGGGCUUGUUUUGCAGUUGAUUUCAGGCUUCAGGAACAUUAGAAGGACUUGGGCAGACCCGGAUCUGACCGUUUAUGGAAACUGCAACAAGUGCGCGGUGUGCAGUGAGGCGCGAGGUGAUCAGCAAAGCCCACUUUGCUGCGGAUGGGAACAUGCUGAUCGAUGUUAAAAAAGAAGAUCGACUAGACACUGAUGCCAGUCCUCUGCGCUGUUUGAUUGGGUGUGACUCUCCUCCUCAGGCUGUGUGUGAGGGCUGUUCGCGCAUCAUCUCUGACCGCUUCCUGAUGCGAGUCAACGGCGCGUCUUGGCACGAGGACUGCCUACAGUGUGCAGCGUGCCAGCAGCCGCUCAUUGCCACCUGCUACUUCCGGGACAGCAAACUGUUCUGCAGGAGCGACUACCAGAGACACCGGCAGAAGACGGGCGUGCUGAGAAUCGCCACGAACUUGGAUGAUCGGCUCGGGGCGAAGCUUAGGUUAGUCUUUCCCCGGGGCCCAAACACUGGUGGUGGAGCAGAGCCUGGAGAUGAAGGAGCCUGGAAGAUGCCCUGGAGGAUGAGAGUGGAGACGGGGAUGAG